AUGCAACCCGUGGAAAAACGAAACGAAGAUUUAUCGGACAGUGACGAUUCGUCCGAGCACACUGAGGAUGAUAUUACGGAAGGCGGGUACGACCAAAUGUUAUUUUUUUAUUUCGAGUGUCGUCAGGAAAAUGGAAAUCAUGAACCCAAUUUAUGCGUGAUUCAGAACGAAGCCGGUGACGAAUGGGUAUUUGAAGGGGAUAACACACGGAACGAGUUUUGUGAAUGGUUAUUUCAAAAGGAACGGGCAAAUUGUAUUAUGAUGGCUCACAAUUUCCAGGGGUACGACAGUUACUUUAUUUUGCAAUACUUACGGGAAAACGGUGUCAAGUACGGUGUCAUCAUGCGCGGUGCCAAAGUGCUUUCCUUAUCUGUGGACAUGUUUAAGAUCAAAUUUAUCGAUUCCUUGAACUUUAUCCCGAUGAGAUUAGCAGAUUUUCCAAAAACCUUUGGCAUAGACGAGCUGGCAAAAGGGUACUUUCCGCAUCUUUUCAACAAGAAAGAAAACGAAAAUUAUGUGGGACCGGUUCCGCCAGCUCCCUACUACAAUCCGAACGGAAUGAGUCCUGCAGCGAAGGAAACGUUUUUACGUUGGCAUAAGAAUUUGAAAGACAAUGAUUACGUGUUUAACUUCCAAGAGGAAAUUCUUGCGUAUUGUCGUUCCGAUGUGGAUAUUCUACGAUGUGGAUAUUCUACGACGUUGUUGCUUGGAAUUUCGCGAACUGUUCCGUGACGUUACUAAAAUCGAUCCCUUUGAGAAAUGCCUUACUAUCGCGUCCGCAUGUAAUCUAGUGUAUCGGACCAAUUAUCUUUGUGAAAACACCAUUGCCAUCAUUCCACCGCGCGGCUACUGUCCCGAAAACAAACAGUCCCUUCUUGCACAAAAAUGGUUAUCGUAUACGUCCGAACAAAACGAGAUCUACAUACAACAUGCUCGCAACGGCGGAGAGAAACGUGUUGGUCCGUAUUUGCUGGACGGUUAUCAUGAAGAAACCCGCACGGCCUAUGAAGUCCAUGGAUGUUUUUGGCAUGGUAAGUGUUUGAAUAAACGCCUCCCUUGAAUAGACGCCCUUAGAAUAGUAUUUUAGAAUAGUAUUUUUGUUUAUUACAGGAUGUAUAAACUGUUACGCUCGUGAUACAAUAAACCCUGUCAAAGGUAAAACCAUGCAUGAUCUUCAUCAAAAAACCGUGGAAAAGAUACAGUAUUUGAAAAAUCAAGGCUACAACGUGGUAGAAGUUUGGGAAUGUAGAAUCAAUCGGGAAUUGGCCGAUAAUGAAGAAAUGAAACAUUACUUUAUACAAUAUGAUGGAGUCGAUCCCUUGGAACCUCGUGAUGCUCUGUAUGGAGGACGAACCAACGCGUCGAGACUUUACCAUGAAUGUAAUGAUGAUGAGAAAAUAAGGUAGGGAGAAAAAAUUUUUGACAUUAUGUUUUUAGGUUAUGUAUGACGUCAUGUUUUACUACGUCAUGUAUGACAUUAUUUCUAGGUAUGUGGAUUUUCCAAGCCUUUAUCCCUGGUGUAAUAAAAUGACGCGAAUGGUUGUGGGACAUCCACGCAUUAUUACUGAGAACUUUGACGACAUAUCCACCUAUUUUGGUCUGGUCAAAUGCACCGUGCUUCCGCCUCGAGGUCUGUUCCACCCUGUUCUUCCUUAUCGCACUCAAGGCAAGUUGAUGUUUCCGCUUUGCAAAACCUGUGCCGAUGCCUGUAACCAGACUCCCUGUGACCAUGCCGACCGUGAAAGAGCCAUUCAGGGUACAUGGUGUAGCGUGGAGCUGGAGAAAGCGUUGGAAAAAAGUUAUCAAAUU